AAGCGGAAGUGCGUGCCCGGGACGCGCGAGGGGACGCACUCAUGGGGGGUCCAGGGGGGAAGAUCAACCGGCCUCGAACGGAGCUGAAGAAGAAGCUGUUCAAGCGCCGGCGGGUGUUGAACCGGGAGAAGCGACUGAGGCAUCAGGUGGUCGGGGCUGUGAUAGACGAAGGGCUGAUCACACGGCAUCACCUCAAGAAGCGGGCAUCCAGUGCACGUGCCAAUAUUACUCUGUCAGGGAAGAAACGCAGAAAACUCCUGCAGCAGAUCCGGCUUGCCCAGAAAGAGAAGGCAGCAAUGGAAGUGGAAGUCCCUUCAAAACCAGCCAGGACUAGUGAUCCACAGCCCAAACGACAAAAGAAGAUUAAACCCCCUCAGGAUAUAGACAUGGAGAAUCUUGAGGAUGAGAGCUAAGGUUCUUAUUUCUUCCACCAGAUUUUCAACUGGAGCCAACAGGAUUGUGGUUGUUCAGAGUUUUUUGGCGAAAGCGUUACCUGCUUUCACUCAUCCCAGUUCCUCCUACAUAAUGGCUACUGACUUCUACUGGAGGGAUAUAUUGGGAGGGAAGAGGGUAUAAAAGAAAGAUUUGAGGAGGGCCCAACUCCCAUUUAUGAUUAAUCCCUAGAGCUUUGACUGACGUGUGAUAAAGUCUAAGGAUGGAGGGUGGGUCAUGAAAAGAGUUCUGUGGGUAUGGAUGGAGGCAGUCUACAAACAGAACCCACAGAGCUUGAUUGAGCAAAAAUAAUGAGAAGUAGUCUCUGGCAACCUGGUUUCUUCUGUCUCUUUCCAUUUCUGACAAUAAUAGAGAUAUUGUAGGAAUGACAAGGGGUUAAAGAUCCUGAUCCCAAUCUUGCCUUGGUGCCUGUGUGAUCAGGAUGGGCAAGUCACUUCAUGUUUGUACUGUUUCCUUUGCUAGAUUAUGUUUUUAAUAAAAUAAAUGCCAAACAUAUAUAUA